ACGCCUCUCUACUAUCUUCCAUCUCUCGGUUCUUAUGAUGUUAUGCCUCCACCCGAGUCGACUCGGGCCCCUUCAACCGAAUUAGAAAAGAUCGUGGCAAAUUUGGAGGAGGACGCUCAAUCCCUUCGUGCUUCAUUGGCCUCUUUAUCUGAAAAAGAAGAAACCGAAUCCUUCACUUCUCCCUCUCCGGCAUUUGAGCACCCAUCGGUUGGCCAAACUCGUUCAUCUAGUCUUGGAGCUUCAUUUCAUUCCGAGGUUGGCCCGAUCGAUCGUCACCAAGAAGUUUUGGCGAGAACUCAAGACGCACUCGCGAGCCUCGCGUCGAUCAUCGAGGAGUUCAAUAGUUGGAGGUGCAUCCCGAUUUCAUCCGCUCUCCGUGCUACACUUGAGAAGUUCGACUCCACCGUGGUAUCUUUUCUUGACUUGGAUUCAUCUUCUAUUCCGCUCGGUAGAUAUUCUACUCUAUCGGCGAAGAUUAUUCGAGAGAGCACUCGAUUAGAGAGCGAAUUUAGGGUUAUGGUGGAUCGUUGUGCUUCCUUGAAAGAGAAGGGCCUCACUCCCGUGUAUGAUGAGACUCAACCUUUAGACACUAGUGAGGACAUCGAUGAGCUUAUUGUCGAAGAACUUCCUCUUUGUGAUGGCGUGGACUUGGAUUCUAUACGAGGUACGUCAAAAUCUUCUUCCGUUGAUGGUAUUUCGGAUUUUGAUUCGAUUAUUGAGGAGGAGAGUAUGGAUUCGGAAGUUGAUGUUGAGGAUGGAUUGGGAGAUAAUUUAAUUGAGGGUUUGAGUGAGCCGAGGGGUAAUGAAGGUGUUGGUGAUGAUGUGGAGGAGGAUGAUGAUGGUAGUGAGAAGGAAUCCAAGCAUUUAGAUGUUGUUGAGCCGGAUUUGCCGUGUGUGGAUGACAUGCCUUGGGAUGUUGAGGAUAAGGUGGUUCCCAUGUCCUUUGGGGCGUCGUUUCGUAUUAUUGAGGAUCGUGAUCAUUUGGAAGAGUUUAGUGUGCCUACGCCCGUGCUCCCGAUGCUUGAGCUUGAUGAGUACACGUUCGAGAUAGUGCAAACGAUGCCCGGGAUUGAUUCAAUGUGCUCCACGGAUAAAUUCAUAUUUUUGGAGGUCGACUAUGGGGCCGUGAUGCGUAAAGAUUUAUCUCUCCACUUGUUGGUUGUCGAAAUCCAUGCUCGGUUUCACAAGAACGCGGCCACGAGAGCUUACUUUGCCCGCCUUUGUUCCGUGCUAUCGGAUCGGCUUCUCUUGGAAAAUACAAAGGCGUGGCAUGAUCGACAUUUUUUCUUGGAUCCCG